GCAGGGGCACGGACUCACCUUUUAGCCUCGGCGUCUUCCCCUCGGCUCAUGCCCCCCCAAACAAGCUCCGACCCCACGGUCGACCAAGCUCAAGACGCCUCCGCCUCAACCGUCCGUGUAGCCAGGCCGCGGGUGACGCACUACGCCUGCGCCGCCGCCCCGCCCCGUGACGUCAGGGCGUCAGCGCCGCCGCAGCCGUCGCCGUGCUCACGAGAGUGUUUUCCCAGUAUCGCGGGUGAUAGCUGAUGUUCACGCGGAGCCUUCAGCCAUGGCCUUGGGAUUAAAGUGCUUCCGCCUGGCCCGCCCUGCCCUCUGCAGCUCCCUUGCGGCCUUGGCCAGACCUCCUGCGGAAGCUUUCCUGAAGACGGUGAGCGGGAAACCAAGUGGCUACGGGCAAGACAUGGCCCGUCCAGCUGUAUCGUCCCGUCAUUUUGCUACCAAGAAAGCCAAAGCCAAAGGGAAAGGACAGUCUCAAACCAGAGUGAAUCUUAACACUGCCUUGGUCGAGGACAUAAUCAGCUUGGAAGAGGUGGAGGAAGAAAUGAAGUCAGUGUUGGAAGCACUCAAGGAUAAUUUCAAUAAGACGGUCAACAUAAGGACUGCACCAGGGUCCCUCGAUCACAUCACUGUGGUGACUGCUGACGGGAACUUCGCUUUAAACCAGGUCGGCCAGAUCUCCAUGAAGUCGCCGCAGAUGAUUUUGGUGAACAUGGCCAGCUUCCCAGAGUGUACAGCUGCAGCUAUCAAGGCUAUAAGAGAAAGUGGAAUGAAUCUGAACCCAGAAAUGGAAGGGACGCUCAUUCGGGUGCCCAUUCCCAAGGUCACCAGGGAGCACAGGGAGAUGCUGGUGAAACUGGCCAAACAGAACACCAACAAGGCCAAAGAGUCUUUACGGAAGGUCCGCAGCAACGCGAUGAAUAAGCUGAAGAAGUCGAAGGACAAGGCCUCGGAGGACACCAUUCGACUCAUAGAAAAACAGAUCAGCCAAAUGGCCGACGACACGGUCGCAGAGCUGGACAGGCACCUGGCGGUGAAGACCAAGGAACUCCUCGGAUGACAGUCCACCGGGGCGUCUCUGGUGGCUCCCCUGGGUGACAGAUGGCCGUCACCAUGUCCUUGUCAGUCCUCCUGGGGCCCCGCCUUCCAGGGGGAGACCCACCCGGACUCGUUUAUCCCCUUCCUGCUGCCCCCCCUCCAGCCGCUCUCCUCUGGGCCCUUGGCAUGGGUGGGCCUCUGGAGAAGGUCUGUGGCUGACAGACAGACGGCCUUCACCCAGGGCAGGGCGUCUGCCUUGACCGUGACACCGCCAGACGCCUGGGGCCUCUGGCAGGCGCGGCGCUGACUGCUGUCCCAGGAGCCUCCUUUUCAAACAAUCAGUUGGGCCCUGUCCCCAGCGUUACGCUCUGCUUGGGCUGGUGUGGGCCUUCACCUGUCACUGGGUGGCUUUGAUAGAGGCUGAUCUUCACCAAACAAUAAAGAGAAAAUGAGUUGGAAAGAAUAACAACCACAAAGGAAAUGAUUGAGUCAGUUUGGGUUAACGACUCCCGAGGACCUGCGUGUAAAGCAGCCAGAACAACGCUCUGCCCUCUGAGCGGCCUGUGCUCACACCCUUUCCGCGGCCUGGACCCUGCCUCCACGCCUCACCUGGCCGGCCGUGCUCCGCCUGCACGGCGCAGCUGGGCCAGCGCUCCCUCGGAGUCUCCCUUUUCCGCUGGCUGCGGACCCCUGCUCUUAUCGCCUGUCAUAUGCUGUCUGCUGUUCUCAUCUGCACCUUAAUUGUUCUUUUUGACAAUUAGUCUGUGUAUUUUCCGCAUCCUCAGAACUUGACAUAAUGCCUGAAACGCGGUAGGCACUCAGUUACGAAUGAAUGAUGCAUAACAUUUGCACAACAAAUGCUGACUUUUCCUUCCUUUCCAGUCUUAACACUACUCUGCCAUUUUCCGCUCUUGCUCUGUCCUUGAUAUGUCCUUGGCAAUGAGACACCUUUCCCCCAGGGUCUGCCUGUCGGUAGCAGGCAAGUGGUGUAUUGUGGCUCAUCUUUGGGUACUGGGUGAAGUUAGUUUUUUCCCCCUGAUAAUUUUUCUUUUAAUCAUUCAUUCAUUCAUUGAUAAUAUAGCCAUGAUGAGCUAGAAAUAAUCCUAGGCAAUAUUUUCUAUCUUCCCAGUACACUUGCAAGGUGUGUAUUAAGUCCAUUUUACAAAUAGGAAAACUGAGACCUAACAGUAUUAGGUCGUUUGCCCAAAGCAGCGAAGUCAGUAAGAGGGCGUCACUCUUGAUGGGCAGCCUCCUUGCACAGAGCGGGAAGCACUCAGCGAGGUGCGGCCUCCUGCCCAGGGUUCCGCAGCCAGCACGCGGCAGAGCCAGAGUCAGGCUGAGGCCUGACCCACUGCGUGUGCUCCACCCGCCGCGUCCCACCGCCUCCACAGACAUUCAGGGGGCCCCAGUUCUGUGCCAGGUAUGGUGCUGCACGCUGGGAAUACAGAAACGGGCAAGACGUGACCCCUGUCUUUGAGGGUGCAUGGGGCACCGGACCAACGUGCUCUUCGUAAUGUCCUGGGUGGAAGGUAAGAAGUCCAUCCCCAUCUGCCAAGCGUCUGCCUUUAGAACGGUACCCACUCCGGCAGCAGCAGGGCCCGGCCAUGAUCCUUUGAAGCAGCAUCCAGCUUCUCCGAUGUCUGGCGUCUGUCUCCUCUGGGGCUCCGUUCCUGGAGGGAGUAGGGGUGCACUUCGCCCUCUGCUUGCACUGGUGGAGCAGCCUGCACGGCCCUGUGUGGUGGCCAGUGGGGACUCAAGGGCAAGGUUAGGGCGAAGGUGGAAGAAGCUGACCCCAUGUCCUGCCCUGCUCACCUGUACCCUGUUCCCCAGCCCUGAGCAGCCGUCACACGACUGGAAGUCAGCUGAAGGAAGAACAGGGUCAGAAAGAGCAAUCGAGGCGCCUUUUAGGGGGCAAACCACAUGGCCAGGGCCCUGCAAGUCUUCCGUGAGUGGCUGGAAUCCCCCACUCACUGCAAAUGUGCUUCUCUAAGAUGCAGGAUUUUUUAAUAAACAGAGGAAAUGAUAAAUUAUGUUGUAACUCCACUCCAAAGGCAUUUGGUUCUUAACAGCCAAAUCCUCUGUAGUCUUUAAAUAAACAAAAACUUAUUUGGUGAGCAGACGGGGGGGAAAUUGAAAGAUUUUCUGUACUUGGGCUCCACAUGUCAACAAUUUCUCUCCCGUGUGUAUGUUGGCCAAAGCCGUGCAUCAUGAUAAAUGAAGAAAGGAAAACCUCAGGCCCAGGGCCGUCAGACGGCUCAGCAAAUGGCUUUCAGCUGAUGGCUCUGUUUCAGUUGACAUUUAUCAAAGAGUUUCCCUGCGACUCCGUGUGGCAGGGACGGGAGCGAGACUGCCUCUUCAGAUGUGCUGAGCAGCAAGUGACCUGGAGCCGUUGGUGUCCCCUCUCUCCCCCUCCUUCCGUCUCCAUCUCGUCCAAAGCAGAAAGCUGGGUAUGGAAGUGCUCACGCUUGCCAGAGGAAUUCACCACCUCUUCUGUUUAGUUCCUCAGCUUUCACAGUCUCAUG